UCGGCUCCUAGACGCCCGCGGCCGGAUGCCCUGCGUCCGCACCGUCCUCGGCCUCCUGGCGGCUCUGGCGGCCUGCGGCGCCGUCGCCUUCCUCGGUUACUGCGUUUACUUCGACCGGAAGCGGCGUGGCGACCCCGCGUUCAGGCGCUGCCUGCGGGACAAAAGAAGAGCCCAGCAGCAGAAGGCUGCGGGACGGGGCGCCCAGUUGUGGGAUCCAGCAAAGAAUGAAAAAUUGCAAGAACUUUUUCUGCAAGAGGUACAAAUGGGACAACUUUGGUUAUCUAGAGGAGAGCAUCAGUUGGGGGUUGAACAUCUCAGCAAUGCCCUUUUAGUGUGUGGACAACCACAGGAACUUCUGAAGGUUUUCAAACUCACACUCCCUCCUCAGGUAUUUGAGAUGCUGUUACACAAAAUUCCCCUUAUUUGCCAGCAAUUUGAGGCAGACAUGAAUGAACAGGAAUACUUGGAGGACGAUCGUGACUGAAAAACAUUUCAACGUAUCCACAGUCCAGUCAGAAUACUAUGGUACUCUAUAUAGUAUAAACAACUGCCCAGUGAUAUUUCCAUUUAUUUUACUUUUAGUAAUAAAAAAUUGUUUCUAUCUCAUA